CGGUGUCGGACGGGGAUCGGAGCUCACGCACCCCCCUCGAUCAGCAGAUCGAUCUCCCUCUCUGACCCGUCCUAUCGAGCAGCCCGAGAUCAUCAGAGAACAAGAGAGAGGAGGAGGAGGAGGAGGAGGAGGGCGAAGAUGUCUUGGCAGACGUACGUGGACGAGCACCUGAUGUGCGAGAUCGAGGGCCACCACCUCACCGCCGCGGCCAUCGUCGGCCACGACGGCGCCGUCUGGGCUCAGAGCGCCGCGUUCCCGCAGUUCAAGGCCGAGGAGAUGGCGGACAUCAUGAAGGAUUUCGAUGAGCCGGGGCACCUCGCCCCGACGGGCAUGUUCCUUGGAACCACCAAGUACAUGGUCAUCCAAGGCGAACCUGGCGCUGUCAUCCGUGGCAAGAAGGGAUCGGGUGGCGUCACGGUGAAGAAGACAGGGCAGGCACUCAUCAUUGGCAUCUACGACGAGCCGAUGACUCCCGGGCAGUGCAACCUGGUGGUGGAGAGGCUCGGCGACUACUUGAUUGAACAAGCUAUGUAGCGGCCUUGAUGAUGGUUUGAAACUUUGAAUAACAAGCACAUCGCACGUUGCCCCGUUUGCCUGGCUCUUAUUACACCCUGCCAAUUGCUGCUCUGAACAAUUUCAAUUCUGACAUGCAUCGCUUUGGUUCACAAUUUUGUGUUUGUUCGAUCAUUUGGCUGUACUGUGACUUGUGUGUUACGAACACUCCA